AUGAGUCCACUCUCACUGAUUGCCUCUGCUUACGUUUUAGGUGAGCACAGGGCCCUGUUCAAGCAAGCCAUGCGGUACUGGGAGAACGAGACCUGUGUCCAGUUUGUGGAGCGAAGCCCGUCCCUCCAUCCCGACUACAUCGUCUUCACAGAGAGGGCGUGCGGGUGCUGUUCGUUCGUGGGUCGCCGUGGCAACGGGGCCCAGGCCAUCUCCAUCGGCAAGAACUGCGAUAAGUUCGGGAUCGUGGUGCACGAGUUGGGUCACGUGGUUGGCUUCUGGCACGAACACACCCGGCCGGACAGGGACAGACACGUCCAGAUCAUCACCAGAAACAUCGUGACCGGCCAGGAGUACAACUUCAACAAGCUGACGGAGGAGGAGGUGAACUCGCUGGGGCUGAACUACGACUACGAGAGCAUCAUGCACUACGCAAGAAACACCUUCUCCAAGAGCACGGCCCUCGACACCAUUCUGCCGGUCAAGGGGAGGGGGGUCGAGAUAGGACAGAGGCUGCGCCUGUCCCCCGGAGACGUGGCGCAGACCAACAGCCUCUACAAGUGCCCCGCUCUUUGCGGAGGGAUCUUAGAACAGUCUGAAGGUACACUCCAGAGCCCGAACUAUCCCGAUGAAUACAGGGCGAACAAAGAGUGUAUCUGGAGAAUAUCUGUGACCCCCGGAAGUCAGGUGGCGCUCACGUUCCAGGCAUUUGAGGUAGAGUAUCAUGACAACUGCGCGUAUGACUUCGUAGAAAUCCGUGAUGGUUUGGAAUUGCACAGUCCCUUAUUGGCCAGGCUGUGUGGCUACAAGAUUCCACCAGAGGUCAGGUCCACCGGCCACAAGAUGCUGGUGCGUUUCGUAUCCGACAGCUCUGUCCUCAAGAUAGGAUUCUCUGCAAAGUUCGUCAGAGAGGUUGACGAAUGCUCAAGUUCAAGUCACGGUUGCGAACAAAAAUGUGUGAAUACCGUCGGAGGAUACCGCUGCGAAUGCGAGAUUGGGUUCGAACUGCACUCGGAUGGAAAAAGGUGCGAAGAUGCCUGUGGAGGUGUUUUGCGAGCGGAACGUGGGUCCAUCACGAGUCCUUCAUUCCCCGACCUCUACCCUUCGAACAAGCAGUGCAUUUGGGAAAUCAUGGCUCCGCCCCACUUUCGUAUCACGCUCAAUUUCACGCACUUCGAUCUGGAGGGAACCAAUCAAGAGUGCGAAUACGACAGCGUGGACGUCCGGAGCCGAUCGUCUGCGGAUUCGGAGUGGAAGAAGCAGGGGACCUUCUGCGGAUCUCGUCUGCCUCCGAUCCUGACGUCGGACGGGAACGCCCUCCGGAUCGAGUUCAUUUCGGACAACUCCGUGCAGAAGAGCGGAUUCGCGGCCAGAUUCUUCACAGACCAAGAUGAGUGCACUUCGAACAACGGGGGUUGCCAGCAGAUCUGCAAGAACACGGUGGGCAGUUAUCAGUGUUCUUGUCACAACGGAUUCGUUCUGCAUCCCAAUGGACACGACUGCAAAGAAGGGUCCUGCGUGCAUCACAUAUCUUCUACAGAUGGGGUAGUGUCGAGUCCCAAUUAUCCGGACAACUACCCGAGCAGAAAGGAGUGUACCUGGAGAUUCGACGCCACUCCCGGACACAGGAUAAAGUUGGUGUUCGACUCCUUCGAGUUGGAGCCCCACCAGGAAUGCGCCUACGACCACGUGGCCCUGUACGACGGCGACUCGGCGGAGUCGCCCCUGCUGGGGCGCUUCUGUGGCAGCAAGGUGCCCCAUCCGAUCCUCUCGACGGCGCACACCAUGCUGAUGGCUUUCCGAUCCGAUCCCUCCGUGCAGAGGAACGGAUUCAGAGCCACACACACCACAGUAUGCGGGGGCCGACUGAGCGCGGGGCCCGUGCCCACCGUGCUGUACUCUCACGCCAAGUACGGAGACCAGAACUACGGAGCCCGGGCCGACUGCAACUGGAUCGUGACGGCGCCGCAUUCGGGCAGGGUCCGCGUUCGAUUCCGGGGCUUCGACCUGGAGCCCGAGCAGGACUGCGCCUACGACUUCGUGCAGGUGCUGGACGGGUUCGAAACCAGCCCCGCCCUCGGGAAGUUCUGCGGAAGCAAGAUCCCUCCUGAACUGACGUCAUCGGGCUUCCGGCUCCUGAUUCGCUUCCAGUCUGACGACAGCAUUUCCGGGAAGGGGUUCGCCCUGGAUUACUCCGAAGUGUUCUGAAGAGAGGAAAACAGAACCACACACACACACAGCCGCCUAACUGCCAUUUUCAAGUCUGGGCCCCGGUUGCGAGGGGGCCCCUACCCAACAUUUCAUGUAGUCAUCAUUUGUAUGUAGUCCGGUGUGUCUAAUAAAUGUCUCGUCUGAGUUGGA